CCACCCCUACCUCACCAAAAAAAAAAAUUAUGACAACUACUCAACCAUCAUCUAAAUCAUCACAACCUCCUCGUCCCGCAACCGGACAGGUGGUUGGCAUUACCUAUACGUUCAAACACUACUACUGGUUCCUGCGUUUGCUAACUGUUGAACUCUAUCUGUUUGUCUUUACGUUUGUCAAUACUAUGAAACGUGUCCUAACGGAUCAGUUAGUCGAAGAUAAGGUAUGUCUACAAUACUAUCACUAUCCUGAGGAUUGGUGCCGUCAAAUGCAUACAAUGCCCGAUAGUAUACUAUCCGAUGAUGAGGACAGUAGCCGACAAUGGAAACAGUCGGUACUGGACGAGUCGCGUAAAGUUAGACUAUAUAAACUGGCCAUGUCGGUACUGCCGUUGGUACUGGCCACCAUGCUAAUUGGCCACUGGACCGAUACUUAUAUUAAGGGCAAAAAAUAUGUAUUAAUUUUGGGUGCGAUAGCUACCAUUGCCGAGUGCGGCAUACUGGUGCUCAAUGAUUAUUAUUUUGAUUGGUCCCAAUACUACAUAUUAAUAUCGUAUAUACCGGGCAUUAUCACUGGUGGCCUAUUUGCACUGUUAACUGGCAUAUGGGCCUACAUACUGAUGACCAGUCCAUCGCAUAUGAUUACCAUUAGGAUAGCCGUUGCCGAGAUUGUCAACCUAUUUGCUCAAGCACUGGGCACCUAUGUGGGCGCCUGGAUGCUUGAUAGGCCUACAUUUUACGAACCCAGUGGCCAACAAUUGCACAACUAUUCCGGUGUGUACGCCAUAGGCGGUGUCUCGUUCGCUGCCGUACUUGUCUGGACAGUCCUAAUGGUCUACGAGGAACACCAUAUCAAGGUAUGGGAGCAACGAUUCAAUACCGCGGUAACAACCGGUGAUACAGUUGAUGGACACAACAUAGACGGCGAGAACACCGCCAACAAUCGGGCCGAACAUAAGCUUCGGCUGUUUGAACGCUAUCGACACAUACAUCCCUUAAAACUAUUGCUUAAUCUGAGAAAUGGUCACAAAAUGAUGGCCAAAAUGUUUAAAUUGAGACCAAAUUAUGGCCGAUGCCAGAUAUGGCUACUGUUGUUAUCGCUAACAAUGUGGACAGCGGCCAGUACGGGUCCGCUAGUUUUUAUGUAUCAAUGGUCAGUACGGGUAUACUCGUGGGAUGUCCACACCUAUAAUAAUCAUUUAGCUAUUGAGUACGUAAUACGUGGUUGCGGUACUCUACUAGCGAUUCCCAUAUUAUUUCGGUUUCUACAACUACGGGACACUACCCUAUCGCUUAUAGGACUGGUAUCUUAUGGUACAAUGUGUCUAAUACGUGGUAUAUGGCAACACGAUCAGGCCUACUAUUAUUCGAUAAUACCCGGCUGUCUGGGUGCCUAUGCUGUUAUCGGUUUCAGGGCCCGACUAUCCAAGCUUCUCCGUCAUCACGAAAUGGGCAAAAUUUUUUCACUAUUUUCGGCUUUCGAGGCCAACACCUCAUUGGUUAGCAACGAAAUCUACAAACUGGUCUACGAAAAGACUGUAGACCUGAGCGGCUGUCAGGGUCUGGCACUGCUACUGACAGCGCUGGUAGUCUGUAUACCGUUGGUUGCCUUGUUUUGGAUACACUCCUACACUGAGGAACCGGAUCAUCACAAUAGUCGUUGUAACGAUUGUAAUGGUGAUGAUAGUGGUAGUGGUGGUGGUGUUAGGGACAGGUAUGCUGGUAAUGGUGGUGGUGGUGACGACAAUUUAAUUUAG